UAGUAUAUGCUUGGACAAGGGCUGCGCUGAAUUCAGAGACUGCUGUUUUCCGAUGGCUCCGAAACCGAAACCGAAGCCGUCGACGGCGGCUGCGCCGGCCGUCGCCUUGGAGGAUCUGUUCACGACUCUUAAUCGGCACAUCGAACGAUCGGAAUACCAACAAGCCGUCAAAGUUGCGGAUCAAAUCCUUGCUGCUGCGCCUGGGGAUGAGGAUGCAAUUCGGUGUAAAAUAGUGGCAUUAAUAAAAGAUGACAGCGUAGAUGUAGCUCUUGCGAGUAUCCAGGAUAGUUCCAAGAAGUCUUCUAUAGAUUUCACCUUCUUCAAGGCAUAUUGCUUAUAUCGACAAAACAAGUUGGAUGAAGCUUUGGAGACUCUGAAGGGGCAAGAGGAAAAUUCUGAAAAAAUGCUAUUGGAAUGUCAGAUUUUAUAUCGUCUAGGAAAAGCAGAUGAGUGUGUUGAUAUUUAUCAUAAACUCCAGAGGUCCAAGAUAGACUCGCUAGAGAUAAAUAUUGUUGCUGCCUUGGUUUCUGCUGGAAGGGCUCCUGAAGUGCAGGGAAUUUUGGACUCUCUCAGAGUUAAGCCAACUAGCAGUUUUGAGUUGGCAUUUAACACUGCGUGCUCAUUAAUUGAAAGACAGAAAUACAAGGAUGCUGAGCAACUGCUACUGUCAGCACGAAGAAUUGGUCAGGAAUCACUAAUGGAAGAGAAUCUAGCUGAUGAAGAUAUUGAAAUGGAAUUGGCGCCUAUAGCUGUUCAAUUGGCAUUUGUUCAGAAGAUUCUUGGAAACAGAGAAGAAGCGCUUGAAUCUUAUAUUGGUCUUAUCAAACGAAAUUUGGCGGAUGACUCUUCACUUGCAGUCGCAAUAAAUAACCUUAUUGCUUUGAAGGGACCUAAAGAUGUUUCUGAUAGUCUGAGGAAGAUCGAUAAGCUAAUAGAGAAAAAUGAUGGACCAUUGCGCUUCCAGCUUGCCCGAGGACUUGACUUGAAGCUUUCACCAAAGCAAAGGGAAGCAAUAUAUACCAAUUGGGUGCUAUUGCUACUUCAUUCUAAUAAAAUGGACCAGGCUCGAGAACUUGUAGCUGCAUUGCCCAGAAUAUUUCCUGAUAGCAUAAUCCCUUUACUUCUUCAAGCUGCUGUACAUGUAAGGGAAAACAAGGCAGCUAAAGCUGAAGAAGUACUAGGGCAAUUUGCAGAGAAGUUUCCAAAUAAGUCCAAGGUUGUCUUGCUUGCAAGGGCACAGGUUGCUGCAGCUGCUGGCCACCACCAAGUUGCAGCUGACUCCCUUGGUAAAUUAUCUGAUAUUCAACACAAGCCCGCGACUGUUGCCACCCUUGUUACUCUCAAAGAACGGGCUGGGGAUAUUGAUGGUGCUGAUUUAGUGUUUAAUGCUGCAAUUGAGUGGUGGUCAAAUGCCAUGACUGAAGACAAUAAGCUUGAUAUCAUCAUGCAAGAGGCUGCUGCAUUCAAACUCAGGCAUGGGCGGAAGGAAGAGGCUGCCCGGCUAUAUGAGAAGCUGGUUAAAAGCCACGGAAGUAUAGAGGCUUUGGUCGGGUUGAUCCAGACAACUGCUCAAUCUGAUGUUGAAAAAGCAGAAGCUUACGAAAAGCAGCUGAAACCACUCCCUGGUUUGAAGGCGGUUGAUAUUGAUAGUUUGGAGAAAACUUCUGGUGCCAAGGGUGUUGGUAGUGGUCCUACUCUUAGUGUAGCCGAAGCAUAUGAAACCAAGAGCAAGGAGAAACCAAAGAAGAAGAGAAAGAGAAAGCCUAGAUACCCUAAAGGAUUUGAUCCCGCAAAUCCAGGUCCCCCACCGGAUCCAGAGCGCUGGCUUCCAAAGAGAGAGAGGUCCAGCUAUAGACCGAAGAGAAAGGACAAAAGAGCAGCACAAAUAAGAGGCUCACAAGGCGCAGUGGCCAAAGAAGCUUCCAGUAGCAGCACAUCGAAACCAAAUCCAACUGCCAAUCCCAAAGGAGCCUCACAGAACUCCAAUGCCGACCAACCAAAGACCUCCAAGUCAUCCAAGAAGAAAUCAAGGAAGUAACCGAACACCCCACUUGAAGGUUAAUAUUCAUUUUGGGCAUACUUCAUUGCAUUUUCCCUUGCACAAUUGGAUCAGAGACUAAAUUUACCUAUUGCAAGUUAGCUUGGAAUCAACCUUCUCUAAAUUUUUUGUUUUCUUGAAUCAACUAACCGGUAGUGAUCUUGUCAAAGGAAUGAGCCGUAAAUUUUGUGUUUAUUUCUUCUUUCAUUGAACUUUUGUCACUUUUAGUUUCUGUUAUUCUGCUUCUAUCUGCCCUA